AGUGUUGAAAAAUUGCGGGAAUUAACGUUAAAUGCACGUCACCAGAGCAAAAUAAUAGAAUAUUUUCAAAACAAAACAAAGUUGGAGUCAUGGACAAGGAUGCGUUUACUUUGCAGGCCAUCCGGCAGGACCUUAUCGACAACAAUCUGCAGGCUAAAGCAAUAAUACAGGACAUCCUGAACAGCCGCACCUCGAUCGCCGAAUUGGAGGAGCUGAACGAAGCGGGCCGCUCCAAACUGUCUGCUAUCCGCAAAAGCAUAGAGCGGCUGGACGACUGGGCGCGGGACACGGCGGACACUGCUCUGGCCAAUGAAGUGGACGACCACCGUGAUCAGUUUUCCAAAACGCUGCAGGCGUUCCGAAAGGCAAACGUGUCCACGAUGCUGGAGAUCGAGAAGGCCAAUCGAGAGGAGUUAAUGGCCAUUACCGGCGAGAGUGAUCUGCGCCAACGGACCACGACACGGGCGCGGCACAACCAGAGCAGUCUGGUUUCGCAGGAGAACGACGUGACCGAGAAGAUGCUGGCCAUAUCGCGGCACCUCUCGGAGACCACCCAGAAAAGCGCCGUCACCCUGGAAACGCUCGUGGCCUCGUCGCAGAAUGUUGAGGCCACCAGCGACGAACUACAGCACACGGCCGGCAGCAUUAACAUGUCCGGCAAGCUGCUCAAGAAGUACGGACGACGCGAGUGCACCGACAAGAUGCUGCUCUUCUUCGCCUUCUCCUUGUUCCUCGCCUGUGUCUUUUACAUCGUCCAGAAGCGUCUCUUCUAAGACUCCACAAAUGGACAAAACCCGUUCCCAAAAUAGCUUAAGGUUGUCGCUUCUGUUGUCUAGGUAUAGCUAGAUUAAGCUUAGCACAUGACCAUAGCUUCUAAGCACAGCUCCUAUAUUUAUAUUAUUUAGUGAUUUGCCUAAGUUGUAAACGUGGUUUCGAUAGUAUAAAAUACAGCCUAGUAUAGUAUGGUAAA